UCGCAUUCGCGACGAGAGAACGAAGAAAAUAAAAAUCCCCAAUCCCUCCGCCCACCCACCACUGCUCCUCGUCCUCCCCUCCCAGAUCUGCCGGGCACGGCCCUCGCCGGCGGCGUUGGGUCCGCGAUGCCUCGGACGGCGCAGGGGGCCUCGCCCCUGCUCCGCGACGACGCCGGCGCCCUCCUCCCCUCCGCCAUCUGCUGCUCCCACCGCCUCAAGCCCUGGUCUUGGCACCCCAAUAUCCACUCCUCCUAGCGCGCCCUCCCCUUCCUCCCCUCCCCUUCCCCUUCCUCCUUUCUUCCUCCUCUAGUGGCCGGACUUCUCUGCUUCUCGUCGCUGUCGUGCCUCUGCUUGCGGGAUUGGAUCGCCGGCGCCGGGACCGGGGUCUGUGGCUUGUGGUUGCUGUUCUAGGAAUCGAGUUCUUGAUGGAUGGUCAUUCCUGUGAUCUUGGGAGUGUGCCAGCAGUGGCAUCUGAUGGUGCGGGUACCUCUUCCGCCGUCCCCGGCGGCACUGACAUUUCUCCAGGGAAGCAUUCAGCCCUGGAUCGACCUCCGAGGCAGGGGGAGACUGCCGAUGGCUCGUUGGAGGCUGGAAUGUGUGCGGGUUUCUCCAAGUCGGCCGGCUUGGGGUUGAAGAAAGACCUCCAGAAGUGCGCAACGUUUCCGUCAUCUGCCGUUGAGGCCGAACAGGAAGAUUCAUGCUGUGACGCUGAUGACGCGCCGAAGGACGCUCACACUUACCAGCGCUCUGCGUCCUUGCCUCCAACGGUGAAGCUCAUCCCUGCUAUCAAAGGAAGCCGCCAAAAGAAUGGGAUUCCUUUACCAGCAGAGGAUCGCCACAUCAAAUGGGCGGCCGACGUGUAUGACCCCCCUGUUUCAUCCGUUUCUCAUUCUGUGAACAACAGUUACCAGCGACGGCCCAAGCCCCGUAAGAAGGACAAGACCAAACAGAAAGAGAAGCGGAAGGCCAGGAACAAGAAAAAAACCAGCAACGCUGCCCAAAAUCAAGCUGUGCUCCAGACUCCUGAACUGGAGGACCUUGGCACCUCCAUUGGUAGGGAGGCUCCAGCCGACCCCGGCAAGCUUGAGACCGAGAUGUUGGACUAUGGCAUCAGCAGCCAAGAGGCCAAAUGCGGAAGCAGCUUCCUGCUCGAGACGGCUGCUAAAAUGCAUUUCUCCACCGCCGAGGCCUCCUGAAACGCCCGCGGGAGACUCCAGACUCUGCAGUAGCAUCUCUGUUAUGUAAAUAGGAUGGCUGUACAUAAAUAAAUCAUGUGUGUUGUUAUCACCAUGUACCUCCCGUUGGACGUGAUGUGCUAGAGAACUUCUGCCCUAGCGUUAUUUCGUAGCAAUCGUCAUGAAUUUUGGACUGGUUUUUGUAUGUAACUAUGUAUGUUCUGCUGGACAAAACUACCAUCAAUCUAUUACUACACAACAGUUGCUGCCUUA